AUUGCAGAGGCAGGAGGAGGAGAGAGAAAGGUAUGAGAGAGAGAGGGGAAGAGAAUCUCCCAGGUCUGAUUGUCCAAAAGGCUGAACUCACGCUGGAAAAAAAAAGAGAGGAAUGGGAAAGGCACAGAGAAGCCCCUAAUUUAUGGCUUUUCCCUCAAAACUCAAUGCAAAGUGAUGAAGUUUAAUGCCUUCUCCUAUCCACCAGACCACCCCAAACCGGCCGAAGAAAACCAAGAAAACAAGAGCAGUGAGAACAGUACAGGAGGAGGCGGAGAAUAAGAAGACCAGAAGUUGACAAACUUUUCCUGUUCUUCGAGAAGCUCUUUUUUCCCUCCAGUCCUCCUCUUCUCUGAUAGAGAUAGGAGAAGCUGAGAAGGAAGACGAAAGAAAGAAUGAGAGAUUUUCCCCUUAUCUUCCUCUGCCUGCCAUUCUAGUAGUCCCUGGUCUGCAUCUGGGUCUCUCCUCCCUUCCUUGCAUGGCCUAGUGAGGAAGGAUUAUAUUUUUGUCCAUGUGGAUGGAGAUAAACUAGUAUUGUUUAUAAGCGUCGCUGUUUGUUUGGUUGGCCUUGUCUCCUUGUUUGAGGAAGUGGGGAAAGGUGGAAUCUUUCGUUGGAUCAUGGUGGUUCCAAGGCUGCCGGUGGCCUUGUGACUUGGUGAGCUGAAAAAUUCUCUCCUGUUCUUGGCCGCUUCUUUCUGCCUCGGUCGCCAUUGUUUUAGUGGAGGAGGUCUCCUCUUGGUAACGCAACCUGGGCUUUUCUUCUGCUGAUGAUAAAGAUGAACUGAAACAGUUGGCAUUCAUAACUCAGUUUCUUGGGAGCAAUAUAGAGGCCCGGCUUGCAAAAUCUAUCCACCGUUGUUUUACAUCCGAGCACUUCGUCUCCUUCAGGUGCAUUUUCCUUGGCUGCAAAAGGAGCAAUAGCUGAAUAAACCGGCUGAACAAUCCGUUUGUUCUUGGAACUACAGAGACUUGGUCUGCAGAUUCUUCCAUCCAGCAUUGUUUCACAUCUGACCACUUUGAAUGGGAACAAAAGUUGAGGCUAAGAUCUUUUCUCCAGGAUACUUUGACAUGGCAGAUUCUAGUGUAAACUCAAACUGCAAUGUGCUGCGUUACCACGUGGAGAGCAAACCAAGUGGGCAUCGUAGUGACAGGUUCACAAUAAUAUCUGCAAAUGGAUCUGUACAUUAUAACAAGGAAAUGCUAAAGCGGACAAUGCUUGUACAUGAAGCUACAUUUCGGAAACAGGUGUACGAACUUCACCGUCUGUACAAAAUUCAGAAGGACCUAAUGGCACAGUUCCAAAGAGAGGAGUUCAAUGGUUAUCUUAGAUAUGCAGAUACAUUACAGCAAAGGUCCUAUGCAUCAAAUGCACCAUCUGGGGAUGUACAAAGAGUCUGGCAAAUCGAAACUCCUAUUUCUGGACACGAUCUUAAGCAAUCAUCCAUAGAUUUCAUGAAUGAAAGUAGUUCACAGUAUAGUGUGAAUGUAGCUCCUUUGUGGCAUAAUAAUGUUAGGCCGAGAAAGAAAAUGUUGGACCUUCAGCUUCCGGCAGAUGUGUAUGCCGAUGAUGAUGUGGAGAUCCUGGAUGAGAAGCCUUUGAAAAGUUUUCCAGGGACUAAUGGCUCUGUUCUUGGUGGAAGUGUUAUUAACCUUGGCAAUAGUGAGUCUUCACAUGUGCAGAAGAGUUGGAUCACUGAUAUACAGCUGCAACACGACUCAUCUAUGGAUAAAUUGAAUAAACCAGUCGAAGAGUCAUCUAAUAUGAAAAUAACAGAUUUUCUUGGUGUGCGAAUCUCUACUUCUCAGAACCAGCAUGUAUCACAGGGAGUGAACUUGAACCUUCUAGGCUUGCAAGGCAACUUAAGAGAAAAGUGUGUUGGUAAAGUAUCUGAUUCAAGCUUCAUUGGUGCAAACGAGGAAAUAAAGCAUAGCAAUUCAAGACAGAGAAAGGAUGAUCCAAACGCCAGCAUGGCAUGGUUACAACACAAACAAAGUGGUACUGAUUCCUCAAUGGGGCAUUACUUGUCCAGUGCUAGAUCCUUCAAUCAUUUAAUCCUUUCACCGCCUCUCUUCAGUGAUGCACUGAAUUCUCCGUGGCAACACAACUAUACAAAUUACUUGACUAAGAGUUGUAAUGGUACUGUUGAAACAUCCAUUGCUAAGAAUGCUCUCUCCAAUGGUAUCUUAAUGGAUUCACCAUUUCAAAAGAUUCGUGGAGAGCCACAAUAUCAAAAGCUUCCCCCACUCCCUGAGUACCUGAAGGAUAUAAAUCUGAACGAUGCACAAGCAGAUAACACUGCCACUUGGGAACAGGAAAGUGAGAAUUCAGUGGUUGAUAUCUCUUGGGUCAGAAAGAAACUGGUAAACCUGAUGAAGUCACAAGUCCCAUCGAGUUGUGCAAAUGGCCAUUCCCAGACUUUGGUCAGUUCCACAUCAUAUUCAGAAGAUAGAACUCCCACAAGAUUCCCUGGCUUCCCCAUCAGUGCUGCUGCUGAAAAAGAUUCUCGGUGCUCACCCACUCUACAUUGUGACAUAAGCAUUGCACCAUUGAUUAAACAUGAAGCUGACAUGGAAAUGCAACCCCAAAGCAAGAAUGCUGACACAACUAUUAGGAAUCUCAUUGACCUGAAUGAAGCAUUGCCGAUCAUGGACGAUCCAAAGAUGGAUAUUCGUGAAUCAGAAGGUGACAUUGUUCCUCACGAACCUGAUGAUCCUUUAAGGGAUUCUCUUGCCAUAACUGCAGCAGAGAGCCUGGUGGGAAUGUGUAAUGAUGUCGUUCAGCCAGGAUCUCCUCAACUUGACACUUUGCAUUGGUUCGCCGACCUAGCUACAUCGAAGGAGAACACAAUGUUUGACAUUGACAGUGAUGAUGACUUUGAGGCUUUGACACUGAAGUUGCAAGAAACCAAAAGUUUUGAGUUCCAUUCAACACCAAAAACCCAGGAGGUUAACAGCAAUGAUGGGCAGUGCUCUGCAGCAUUACUGCUUGUCACAAGACCACGGAGAGGCAAAGCGCGAGGACGCCCUCAGAAGAAAAACUUUCGUAAGGGCGUUCUGCCAGGUCUCGCAUCGUUGCCAAAGCACGUGGUGUCAGAGGAUCUUCAUACUCUUGGAAGGUCAAAGCCAGUGAUCCCAGCAAAGCGGGGAGGCCGUAAUGUGCGGCAACCAAGGGGGAGGCGCCGGGCGAGAAGCGUGGCUGUCACCAUGGAGGAAGCUGAGGUCAGCCCGCCACCAGUGCCACCACCACUUGUUCCUGCUGACUUGGACGCUGAUGGGCUGGGGAUAACCAAGUGGGGAAGGACAACCAGGCGCUGUCGAAGGCCAAGAUGCCCACCAGCGAACAAUGCCUCAUUGCGUGUAGCUUGAGAGAAGUUUUUAGGUGUCUUACCUUAUGAGAAUUGAUCAGAAACUGUGUUUUUUUUUUGGUGAGGGAGUUGGAGAUAAAUUCAGGGACUUGUAGGUUAAAAGUAAUCAAUCAAAAUUGUAAAUGCUUCUCAGCACUAAUUUGGCUCCAGAAACCUGCAUUGGAUCAUAACAUUGUACAUCGCUUUAAAAUGAGCUCUAAUUCUAGAAAGAAAUGCACCUGGAGUGUUGGCCUUUC